AAAACACCCGGUUACUUGGGUGAUUUAAUUAACAGAUAUCAGGUGCCUUAGUUCAUUCCCUCUUUAUUUGACUCGGAAUUAUGUACAAACUCCAAGCCCUAGUCCCUUUUCAUCUAUGAAUUCUAACUCCAAUUGAAAAUGGCUAGCUUGGUGGAGAGGCUUCGUGUACGUUCAGAUCGAAGACCUAUUUACAAUUUAGAUGAGUCUGAUGAUGAAGCUGAUACGAUGCCUGGAAAAUCUAGGACUAAGAAAGAGCAAAUCCAGAAAAUCGUUCGGACUGAUGUGAAAGACGAAUCCUGUCAAGCUUGUGGAGGAGAUAGUAAUCUUUUGUAUUGUGAAACGUGUAACUAUGCUUACCACCCCAAGUGUUUAGUUCCACCACUAAAGGCUCCUCUUCCAAUCAGCUGGAGGUGCCCUGAAUGUGUGAGUCCCCUGAAUGAUAUUGACAAGAUAUUGGACUGUGAAAUGCGCCCUACUGUUGCUGAUGAUAAGGAGGCUUCCAAGCUAGGGUCGAAGCAAGUGUUUGUUAAACAGUACCUUGUUAAGUGGAAAGGAUUGUCUUAUCUUCACUGCACAUGGGUGCCAGAGAAAGAGUUUUUGAAAGCUUACAAAGCAUAUCCCCGUUUGAAGACUAAAGUGAAUAAUUUCCAGCGUCAGAUGUCAUCAAUGACUAAUUCUGAAGAUGAAUACGUUGCUAUCCGACCUGAGUGGACUACGGUUGAUCGACUUCUUGCUCGCAGGGGAGAUGGUGAAGAGAGAGAGUAUCUCGUAAAGUGGAAGGAGCUUCCAUAUGAUGAGUGCUACUGGGAAUUUGAAUCAGACAUUUCUUCUUUUCAGCAUGAAAUUGAAAGAUUUCGUAUAGUUCAGUCUAGACAUAAAAAAUCUUCAAGUAAACAAAAGGGAAGACCUAUAGAGACAAGCGAAUCUAACAAGAAAGCCAAAGAAUUUCAGCAGUAUGAAAGCAGUCCUGAAUUUCUUUCUGGAGGAUCACUGCAUCCAUACCAGCUUGAAGGGCUGAAUUUCCUGCGUUUUGCUUGGUCCAAACAGACGCAUGUUAUACUAGCUGAUGAAAUGGGGCUAGGCAAAACAAUACAAAGUAUUGCAUUUUUAGCCUCUCUUUUUGAAGAGAAUGUCUCUCCACAUUUAGUAGUAGCACCUCUUUCGACAUUGAGAAAUUGGGAGCGUGAGUUUGCUACUUGGGCUCCUCAAAUGAAUGUGGUUAUGUAUGUGGGAGGUGCACAAGCUCGUGCUAUUAUUAGAGAAUAUGAACUUUUCUUCCCGAACAAUCUUAAGAAGACCAAGAAAAAAAAAUCUGGUCAAAUGGUUGGUGAAAGCAAGCAAGAUAGGAUAAAAUUUGAUGUCCUUCUUACUUCAUAUGAAAUGAUCAACAUGGAUAGUGCCUCUCUGAAGCCAAUUAAGUGGGAGUGCAUGAUUGUUGAUGAAGGUCAUCGUCUCAAGAACAAGGAUUCCAAGUUGUUUUCAUCUUUGAAGCAGUACUCUAGUAGGCAUCGUGUUCUUUUGACUGGAACUCCUCUUCAGAACAAUCUGGAUGAACUUUUCAUGCUGAUGCACUUCCUUGAUGCUGGGAAGUUCGGAAGCUUGGAGGAAUUCCAGCAGGAGUUUGAGGACAUUAGUCAGGAAGAACAGGUUUCAAGACUUCACAAAAUGCUGGCACCUCAUCUGCUCAGAAGAGUCAAGAAAGAUGUCAUGACAGAGCUUCCUCCUAAAAAGGAACUCAUUUUACGUGUGGAAUUGAGUAGCAAACAGAAAGAAUACUACAAAGCUAUUCUGACGCGUAACUUCCAGAUACUGACUCGCAAGGGAGGUGCUCAGAUUUCUCUUAUAAAUGUGGUGAUGGAGCUACGCAAGCUUUGCUGUCAUCCAUUUAUGUUAGAAGGUGUUGAGCCAGAGGACAAUAAUGAGUUUACCAAACAGCUGCUGGAAUCUUCUGGAAAAUUGCAACUUCUGGACAAGAUGAUGGUUAGGCUUAAAGAACAAGGUCACAGAGUUCUUAUAUAUUCUCAGUUUCAGCAUAUGCUUGAUUUGCUAGAAGAUUACUGUAAUUACAGGAAAUGGCAAUAUGAACGGAUUGAUGGAAAAGUUGGCGGAGCUGAGAGACAAAUCCGAAUUGAUCGAUUUAAUGCUAGGAAUUCUUCAAGAUUUUGUUUCCUGCUUUCAACUAGGGCAGGGGGUUUAGGAAUAAACCUUGCAACUGCUGAUACAGUAAUUAUUUAUGACAGUGACUGGAAUCCCCAUGCUGAUCUACAAGCAAUGGCUAGAGCUCAUCGGCUUGGACAAACAAAUAAGGUGAUGAUCUUCCGACUCAUAACAAGAGGAACGAUUGAAGAAAGAAUGAUGCAGAUGACCAAGAAGAAAAUGAUUUUAGAACAUCUCGUUGUUGGACGGCUCAAAGCUCAAAACAUCAAUCAGGAAGAAUUGGAUGACAUCAUAAGGUAUGGAUCAAAAGAAUUAUUUGCUGAUGACAAUGACGAGGCUGGAAAAUCCCGACAAAUUCACUAUGAUGAUGCUGCAAUAGAUAGACUACUUGAUCGUGAGCAAGUUAGAGAUGAGGAUGCUGCAGUGAAUGAUGAAGAGGAGGAUUCGUUUCUUAAAGCUUUUAAGGUAGCUAAUUUUGAAUACGUUGAAGAAGCAGAGGCAACGGCAGAAGAUGAAGCACCAAUUGCCCCUUUGGAGAACAAAGCAACUGUAAACAAUUCUGAGAGAGCAACUUAUUGGGAAGAACUGCUACGAGAUAGAUAUGAAGUGCAUCAAGUUGAAGAAUUCAAUACUAUGGGGAAGGGAAAGAGGAGUCGUAAGCAGAUGGUGUCUGUUGAAGAUGAUGAUCUUGCUGGUCUGGAAGAUGUGAGUACCGAUGGAGAGGAUGACAACUAUGAAGCUGAAGCUGAUUCGAGUGAUGGUGAGGCUGCUUCUCCGGGAGUUACAGUUGUGAGAAAGGCGCACAGAAAGAAAGCCCGUGUUGAUUCUGCUGAACCACUCCCUUUGAUGGAAGGAGAAGGAAGAUCAUUUAGAGUAAUGGGUUUCAAUCAAAGCCAAAGGGCAGCAUUUGUCCAAAUUUUGAUGAGAUUUGGGGUUGGUGAGUUCGACUGGGCAGAAUUCACUCCACGAUUGAAGCAGAAAACUUAUGAAGAAAUUAAAGAUUACGGAGCUCUUUUUUUGUCGCACAUAGCUGAAGAUAUCACUGACUCACCAACAUUUUCAGAUGGUGUUCCAAAAGAAGGACUUAGAAUACAAGAUGUGCUUGUUAGGACAGCUGUCUUGCUUCUUAUGAGGGAUAAGGUGGUUGAGGUAUCAGACUGGUACAGAUAUAAUAUAACUUGUCCAAAAGAUGGAAUGGUAAACUGCGAUACUGUUGCUGAAUUUCUUCUGCCUGUGAAGGCUUUUUCAGAAAAGACAGGUUGCUCUCUUUUUGCUGAGGAUAUUGUGUCGAGGUUCCCUGGAUUGAAAGGUGGAAAAGUUUGGAAGGAUGAGCAUGAUCUGCUACUACUACGGGCAUUACUAAAGCAUGGUUAUGGAAGAUGGCAGGCAGUUAUUGAUGACAAGGAGUUGAUGAUCCAAGAGAUCAUCUGUAAAGAACUCAAUCUUCCCUUCAUAAAUUUACCCGUUCCCGGAGCUUCUCAGCUACAAGUUCCUUCUGCUCCAGUACCUUUCCAAGAGCUGACAUCUUCAGGAGUUUCCCAAUCACAAGUUACUGUUUCUGGAGCUUCUCAAGCACCACAUGAUAUGGCUAACUGUGGGUCUGCUGGAGGUCUGAUGAAAGCUACUGGUGAUGGGAAUACCUAUGGAGCUGAACUUUCUCAUGGGACAAGUGAUCCUUCAAACCGACAACAAGUUGUCCAAGAUUCGUCUUCAUUGUAUCAUUUUAGAGAGAUGCAGCGAAGACAAGUUGAAUUCAUAAAGAAAAGGGUGCUGCUUCUUGAAAAGGGCCUUAAUGCAGAAUAUCAGAAAGAAGUCUUUGGUGAUGAAAAAUCUCAUGAACUGCCCAAUGAAGAAAUUGUGGGUGAUAACAAGGUUGUGGAUGAACCAAAUCGAAAUGUCGAAGAAGCCGAUACUGAAAUGAUUGACCAUUUCCCAAGACUUGUAGCAAUUUCUCCACAAGGAAUCUCUCAAGUUGCUUGUGAUGGUAAACCAGAUCGUUUAGGUGUUGCAGAGCUUUAUAACAAGAUGUGCCAGGUACUUUCUGGAAAUGUCCAAGACUCAUUUAAUGAGAGUCACCCUAGUUCAGUGAUGAGAAAGAACAUCCUUCCGCUGGAAGCGAUUUGUCAACAGAUGAACCAAAUUCUCUCUUCUCCACAUCAAAAUAUUCCUAAUUUUGAGAGGAAACUGGUUCAAGAAGAUUGGAAUUCUGAAGCUAGUAAAUGUAGUUAUCCAGUUCCUUCAUCUCAAGUAGAUGAUAGGGUACUCAAUGCUGAGAAAGAACCUGAUAGUCUUCCAAACCCAGAAUCUGGAUCCAAGAGUGCUAGCAAUUGUACAGUUGCAAGCAUGACUGGGAGCCACAAGCACCACAAUGUUACUCCUGCAGAGGUUCUGGAGCAUAGACCUAGAAGUUUAUCAACUGGAGAAGCAGGUAUAGAAAUGGUGGAUUAUGCUGACAUUUCCACCUCCAAUGCUUGACCAAACUGAAGAUUAGGUUCUGAGGUUGUUCGUAUCGAUGAAGAUUAAAAGCAGGUCUAGGUAAGUGAAUUACUUUUGUAAAAAACGAUGGCAGAGAGAUACUUUUCUUUUAUUAAGUUGCUUAGUGGGUUGAGGGAAGAAGCGCUGGGUGCUGUAAUUAGUGGACAUGUAAAAUGAGAAUCCGCAGUUAAAUAGGAAAGAAGUCUAUUUCUGCCUAA